UAUGUUUUUUCCUUCGGCACGUGAAUGAAAGCAUGAUAGUUUAGCGGGGAGGAACAAAAAGCAUUCGCACGUUGAGUUUGCUGGAUUCAACUUUAUUUUCUUGUAUUAAAGGGUUGAGUUUUGCUUAACAUGAACAUUGUGCAGUUAUGAAUUCAAUUGUGAUGGACUUCGGUGCGCCAGCAUCUAUGAUGACACAAAAUUGUGGAGAACGUUUAAUGCAGAUCAGUGAUCCUCAUGGCGAUAGAUCGCUGAAUUUUGGCACUUGUCAUUCUGAAGAAUUUGACAUGCCGUUCGUGAAGAAGCCAAAGACAAUCAGGGACCCAAUGUCGCACAGAAUCAUUGAAAAGCGACGGAGGGACAGAAUGAACAACUGCCUUGCAGAUCUGAGUCGCCUCAUCCCAACAAAUUACUUAAAACAGGGUCAGGGCAGAAUCGAGAAAACAGAAAUCAUCGAAAUGGCGAUCAGGCACAUCAAAAACCUGACAAAUGUGGUGAACAAACACUCAGCUCUCAAGUCGAGUCUGCCAGAUCGCUUCCUUGGCUUUAAGGAGUGCCAGGAUGAGGUGAUGCGAUACCUUGUAGAGGUCGAAGGCUGGGACGCGCAUGACAAACUCUGUAACCGACUCAUGGCCCACUUGGAGCAGGCAGGGGAAAAGUUCCGGAUUAUGAAUGAUGAGUCGCUCAGCAAAGCGGCAAAAGAGGAACAAUAUCGUCAUGUAGAGGAGGACAGUGGGCGACAGCUCACGCCUAUGACCGUAGAACCGGGAGUUGAUACAGGUACCCUUAUGGCAGACUUCAACAUGGGCUCGCCCCCAGUAAUCCCUUCAUUCAAUGGAGCAGUCCAAAUGCAGCCUCAGCCAAAUAUACCCAUACCUUCCCCAAUGAUUCGAGACAUUGAUCAAACUGGUCAGACAAGUCUAUUUGGUGGUCUUGAAGCAUUAGCAAGUGCCCAACAAAUUACACAAGAUCAUUUGAAACAUGACAAACAUUUGUGGUCACUCUUAGCAGCAAAAUAUGAAGACUCUAAAAUGAACGUUGAGGAGAACUCAUCGUCACCGUACCCUAGUUCAAAUUCAUCCAAUAAAACAGAUUCUGGCAUCAAGUCAUCCACACAUGGAAGUGAUAAAGUCUUGUACAAAGUUCCAAUGGACCCGAAUAACUACCAAACCAUGGACAGUAUAUCAGACAAAAAUGAUAGUAGUGUGUAUAAAUUCAAGCACAAGAUUACCAAAAGGUUCUCAGAAGAAGGGAAGAAAAUCCCACAGAGUGAUUCAUCAUCAAGUUUGGGUUCAAACGAAAAUACUCAGCGUGGCAUAAAGCGGGAUAUGGCUCGUCAUCCAAGAAGUCUGUCAAGCUACAUCUCAUCCUCGUUGUAUUCCAACUCUGAUCUGAAUGGAAAUUCUUCGGCAGGAGACUCUGGGAGUGGAGAAGAACCAAAAAUUACUUGUCCGUUACCCGGUUUCGUUCUUCACCCGAAAGGGACGCAUUACGUUCCCAUGUCAAUACAUCCGUCAAAUGUAGGUAACGAUUUCCUAGACAAAAGUAAGUACGAGCAAAACACGAAGGUGUUCCAUCCAAUAAGCAUUCCUGUGAACUUUGGGGGCCCUUUGUUGUACAUGAAAAGGGUGAAAGAGUGGAAACGUGAAAUCAGUUGUCCGAGUGACAGUCGACCUGACUCAGGGGAAAGCCGCAGCGGAGGUCCCUCGUCCGUUGAAAAUUUAAGUGGUACAUCUGAUAAUAACUCGACUCCGGAAGAGGAGCCCAAUACCUAGACUUUUGCUCAUUAUUAUAAAACAUUUCUCACCCCAUCAUUAUGUGUUUGUUAAAUUGUGAUUUUUGAAAUAUAUUGUGAAUUAUUGUACGAUACGAAUUGUUACUGUUGUUAAGAUAUAUUAAUAAUUAUAUCGUUUGUAAGAAAACUAGAAAAAAAUACAUAAAAAUGCUAUUGUUAUAAUUAUAAUGUUAACAUUAUGGACAUUUUAUAUUUGUUAACCGACAUUUUCGAAAUUGCUGUUAAGUUUUAAAUGAACAGAACUGUGUAUUAAACAUACAUUAUUCAAUGUAGUAGAUAUUAGAUAUUAUUAUGUGCCAUUUUAGAUCCAUAUUCUUUUAUGCAGUGUCUUUAACUUGCAUUAUGAAUGCCAACAAGGAACUUAAGUUAAAAAUAAUUAUUAAUUUAGUCUUCAUUUUUUUCUAUUCAUUAUAAGGAAAUUAUUUAACAUGAAACAUUUUACAUGCAUAAAAUUGUAUGGUGUUAAAUUUGUAUUGUUUAGCAUUCGUAUGGUUUGCUUUUGUGUAAUUUGAAUUCAACAAUAUUUUAAUCAAAAUGACACUGUUAAUAACUUGUUACUCUAUUUUUGAUGCAAAUGAUAAAGAUUUUGUUUUGGGGGAAAAGAAACAACAGUUUUGCACUUUAAAUGUGUCAGUUGUAGAAGACUUUGAUAUGUCGAACAGUAUGAAGGCUCACUAUUCUUGUUUGGGAAUAACUUGUGAAACAUUUUUAUUUUGAAUUGUUUUAAGACUUUUUAAAGAAAUUGAAUUUUAUGAUAAUCAAAAUAAACAGUUUUUCAUUUUGUAAAAGAAGUUUAAGUAAGUAUUUUUGCUAAAUAAAAUAAGAGACUGAAGUUUAUUACGCUUAAUUAAUUUCGAGAAAUUGAGCCCGGGCAGAUACUUUAUAAUGCUUCCUUCUAGAUGUAUGUAGUAUUUAUCAUGUAAAGUGUCCAUAUUGUAAAUGCAAUAAUUAAAACAAUAGUGAUGUAGUAUUUCAUAGAAAUCGGUGCAAUCGAUUCAUAUGCUUCUUCUUAUCCCUAGUUUUAGGUGGUUACCAAUAGAAAUAUAGUUAAUGACUAAGUUUAAGAAAAUGAUUUUUUGGGAGUUUUUUUUUCGGUUUCAUAUGAAAUACUUACAGAACCAACAACCUUUGUUUUUUAAAAUAUACACUCUUGUGCACAGUGGUCAGAAAUUGGCUCAGGGAGACCAAUAUUUGAUAUUAAAGCAUAUUGAGAGCUAUUUUUUUCCAACGUUCUGUAUCCUGUGUGUAGGAGUGUAUAGAACUUUUUAGGUUUAUAAUUUCAAUCAUAUGGAUGGGAUUGAUAGUAAAUUUUCAAUUAGUGUUAAUUUUAGUUAAGCUUAUUUUUAAUUUUUGAUCCAUCUAGUGUUAAGCAAAUUGGAACAAAAAGGUUUCUUUUACUUUUUCCAAGCAAACAUUUCUUUAGUUAUUUGAUUUGUAUGUUUGUAUUGAAAUUAUAUGAGUGAGCAUAAUUACUUUGAGAUUUUGCUGACAUUUAAGUUGUAUGAUACAUGUAUGAACCGGUUGUUUAUCACUGGAGAGCCAUAUUUAAAUUGUUAAUUAUUGUUAAGUUUUAUACAGUGGUAUUGCCGAUAAUAAAUAGAAAGA